ACAUGAUACGAGGAAGGAUCUCAAUCUCGACAUUCAAAGCACGUCCACGGCACUCACGAACUCAUCUCGAAAAUCUGUGGUCUCUCGUUCGGUAUCUACCACCACGGUGACCACGCUCGCCAUGCUCUGGCCCUCAACACCCAAGCUUCGGCCUCUCCUGACCUUCCUCUCCUUCCUCCUGCUCCUCCUCUCUCCAUUCACCCUUGCCGUCACUCACAGCCCCCCAGUCUCAUACACAAACACCCUCAUCCCCCAACGUGCCGACCCUCACAUCUCUAAACACACCGACGGCUACUACUACUUCACUGCCACCGUCCCAGCCUACGACAGCAUCAUCAUCCGCCGCUCUCCCACCAUCCAAGGACUCGCCUCCGCCUCCGAAACCACCAUCUGGCGACGCAAGUCCUCGGGCAUCGGCAGCAACCAAGUCUGGGCGCCCGAACUGCACUACAUCGACGGAAAAUGGUACAUUUACGUCGCCCUCGGCGUAGCCAACGAGUGGCGCAUCCGCGCCUUCGUGCUCGAGGGCGUAGGCGCCAACCCGCAAACCGCAACAUGGACCGAGAAAGGACUGGUGAACGCCGACUGGGACACCUUUUCUCUCGACGCGCAUCACUUCCAAGUCAACGGGACGCGGUACCUCGUCUGGGCCCAACAAGAGCCCACUCGCACCGACGAAAACAGCUCCUUGUUACUCGCCAAACUGCUCAACCCCUGGACGAUCCAACGACCAGCAACCGUCAUCAGCCGCCCGCUCCUCUCCUGGGAACGGAUCGGGUACAAAGUCAACGAAGGCCCCGCCACUCUGCAAAAGAACGGCAAGAUCUUUCUAACGUACUCGGCCAGCGCGACGGACAGUAAUUACUGCAUGGGUUUGCUUACUGCUUCUGCCGAUGCGGACCUCCUGGACCCAGCAAGCUGGAGCAAGUCGCCUGCCCCAGUCUUCCAAUCAAACGGCCUCACGCAACAGUACGGACCAGGGCAUAACUCGUUUACGGUGUCGGAAGAUGGCCUUUCGGAUGUACUGGUCUUUCAUGAUCGCGGGUACCCUAAUAUCACAGGGGAUCCGCUGAAUGACCCCAAUAGACGUACGCGCGUGCAAAAAGUUUACUGGAAAGUGGAUGGGACGCCGGAUUUGGGGAUUCCUGUUCCUGAUGGGGUUACGCCCGUGCGGUUGCGCUCUUCUUUUGCUUCUUCGCCUGAGGCAUAUGUCAGGUAUUACACGGGGACUUCCCCUUCUGGGGCCGCUACGCUGGCCGAUACACUGUUUAGGGUUGUUAGCCCCGGCUUGGCGGGUGGGAAUACUGUGAGUUUGGAGUCUGCUAGUAGACCGGGGUUGUAUUUGAGAAGGAGCGGGACGCAGGUCAGGUUUGAUGCGGGGAGUAGUAGUUCGUCGGCGAGUUUCAAGAGCGAGGCGAGUUGGGUGAGGAAAGAAGGGUUGGCGGAUGCGAAGAACGGGGUGUCGUUUGAGGCGGCGGGAGCGAUGGGGCAGUAUUUGCGAUUGACGGGGAGUGAGGGGGGGUUGGUGGUAGGGGCUAUGGGUGGAGACUCGACACAAAAGGGACAAGCGACUUUUUAUUUGGACUGA